UAAAUAAAAUAUAUAUGGUUAAUAUGUGAGUUAACUUUAAAAAGGGCUUAAACCAGGCGAAGGCCUUGGCAAAUAAAAUUUUUGGCACAAUGUGCAAAAUUUACUAUAGCAAUGAAAUGGUCAAUGGGCAAUGUGAAAGUGGCAAAGUGUAUGUUUUGGUAAAGAAAAAUCACAUUGUAUGCAACUAAACAACUACAAUUCGAGUGUCGGUGUGUGUGUGUGUGUGCGUACGUGUGUGCGUUGCGCCGUGGGUGUGUGUGCGCGAGUGUCUGAGGCAAAUAAAUGCUUUUGCAACGCUUUUUUAGCCAUUUUAUCUUAAGGCGAAAUACUGUAAAAAAUUGUAAAAUGGAUUUACGUUUCGUAUUCAUCGUUUUCCUUCUAAAGUGGACGUAUGCACAAGGUUCACAUCCGCCGCGAAUAGUCGAGCAUCCCAUAGAUACGACAGUGCCACGCCAUGAGCCAGCCACGCUUAAUUGCAAAGCGGAGGGCAGUCCCACGCCCACCAUUCAAUGGUAUAAAGACGGUGUACCGUUGAAGAUACUGCCUGGAUCACAUCGCAUCACCCUGCCGGCAGGUGGAUUGUUUUUCCUCAAGGUUGUCAAUUCGCGUCGCGAAACAGAUGCCGGAAUUUACUGGUGUGAGGCGAAGAACGAAUUGGGCGUGGCACGCAGUCGUAAUGCCACAUUGCAAGUUGCUGUCCUACGCGAUGAGUUUCGCCUGGAGCCGCAAAACACACGCAUUGCCCAAGGUGAAACGGCACUUCUGGAGUGCGCCGCACCGCGUGGCAUACCUGAGCCGACGGUGACAUGGAAAAAGGGUGGCCAGAAAUUGGAUUUGGAGGGCUCGAAGCGUAUACGCAUCGUUGAUGGUGGCAAUUUGGCCAUACAGGAUGCACGUCAGACUGACGAGGGUCAAUACCAGUGCAUUGCCAAGAAUCCAGUUGGUGUUCGCGAGUCCUCUUUGGCCACUCUGAAAGUACAUGUUAAGCCCUACAUCAUACGAGGACCACAUGAUCAAACGGUUCUAGAGGGGACAUCAGUAACAUUUCCCUGUCGUGUAGGUGGAGAUCCCAUGCCGGAUGUUCUGUGGCUACGCACAGCCUCUGGUGGCAAUAUGCCCUUGGAUCGUGUUAGUGUCCUCGAGGAUCGCAGUUUGCGUUUGGAACGUGUCACCAUAGCUGACGAAGGUGAAUAUAGCUGUGAAGCGGAUAAUGUAGUCGGUGCCAUCACCGCCAUGGGUACCCUUACAGUCUAUGCUCCCCCGAAAUUCAUUCAACGUCCAGCAAGUAAAUCUGUGGAACUUGGAGCUGAUACCUCAUUUGAGUGUAGAGCCAGUGGUAAUCCCAAGCCCACUAUGUUCUGGACCAUAAAGAAUAACAGCACAUUGAUAUUCCCUGGUGCCCCGCCUCUGGAUCGUUUCCAUAGCCUCAAUACCGAAGAGGGGCAUUCCAUACUGACCUUGACGAGAUUUCAGCGAGCUGACAAAGAUCUGGUCAUCUUGUGCAAUGCCAUGAAUGAGGUGGCUAGCAUAACGUCAAGAGUUCAAUUGAGUUUGGACUCGCAGGAAGAUCGUCCACCGCCCAUAAUCAUAGCUGGACCUGUAAAUCAAACUCUGCCUAUUAAAUCUCUGGCCACGCUUCAAUGCAAGGCCAUUGGAUUACCGAAUCCAACUAUAUCCUGGUAUCGUGAUGGCAUACCAGUCCAACCGAGCACCAAAUUGAAUAUCACUACAGCAGGAGACUUGAUUAUAUCCGAUUUGGAUCGUCAACAGGAUCAAGGACUUUAUACUUGUGUGGCCAGUUCGCGGGCAGGAAAGUCCACUUGGAGUGGUUUCCUACGCAUUGAAUUGCCCACCAAUCCAAAUAUUAAGUUCUAUCGAGCUCCCGAACAAAGUAAAUGUCCUACAGCUCCAGGACAACCCAAGAUACUGAAUGCCACAGCCUCUGCCCUGACCAUAGUGUGGCCUACAAGUGAUAAGGCUGGAGCCUCAUCCUUUCUGGGUUAUAGUGUGGAAAUGUAUUGCACAAAUCAGAGUAAAACUUGGAUACCAAUAGCAGCGAGAUUAAAUGAGCCCAUUUUCACGGUGGAAAGUCUGACCCAUGGAGCCGCCUAUAUGUUUAUAGUGAGAGCUGAGAAUGCAUUGGGUUUCUCACCUCCGUCACCCAUCUCAGAGCCCAUUACGGCUGGCAAACUUGUGGGCGUAAGAGAUGCCAUGGAUAAUAUGGGCACAGCCAAUUCUCAGUUAUUGCUCAGCGAUGUGGAGACUCUGCUGCAGGCCAAUGAUGUUGUCGAACUACUCGAGGCAAAUGCCAGUGAUUCAACCAGUGUUCGCUUGGGCUGGGACAUCGAUAGUGGCCAGUACAUUGAAGGCUUCUAUUUGUAUGCCCGCGAACUACAUUCACCCGAAUACAAGAUGCUGACACUGCUAAACAAGGGACAAGGUCUCAGUUCCUGCACUGUGCCGGGCCUUGCCAAGGCUUCUACGUAUGAGUUUUUUCUUGUGCCAUUUUACAAGAGCAUCGUAGGCAAACCAUCCAAUUCGCGACAAGUUCGCACUCUGGAAGAUGUGCCGGAGGCUCCACCAUAUGGCAUGGAGGCCAUACAAUUCAAUCGAACUUCAGUCUUUUUGAAGUGGUUGCCGCCGCAACCAAAUCGGACGCGCAAUGGCAUACUCACCAGCUACAAUGUGGUAGUAAAAGGACUGGACGUGCACAAUACAACGCGAAUAUUCAAAAAUAUGACCAUAGAUGCGGCAACGCCAACCUUACUGUUGGCCAACCUCACCACAGGAGUCACCUACUAUAUAGCCGUGGCUGCUGCCACACGGGUGGGCGUCGGACCCUUCAGUAAACCAGCCAUAUUGCGCAUCGAUGCACGCACCCAAUCACUGGACACAGGCUAUACACGAUAUCCCAUCAGUCGUGAUAUUGCCGAUGACUUUUUAACACAGACCUGGUUUAUUGUCCUGCUGGGCUCCAUCAUUGCCAUAAUUGUGUUUCUAUUGGGCGCAUUGAUUCUAUUCAAGCGCUAUCAAUUUAUCAAGCAGACCUCGCUGGGCAGUUUACAUGGUAAUCACGCAAUCGGAACUGUGCGAAAGUUUCCCACAUUGCCACUAAACGGCGGAGGCGGCGUUGGCAGCGGCGGCGGCAUCAACGGACCAAAUGGCAACACGACAACGGGCCCCAAUGGCUUGUGGAUCGAUCCAAGUGGCGGUGUUUGGCGACAUCCAAGUGGUGUUGGUGGUGGCGGUGCAGCCACAAAGGAGCAACUUCCGGGCUACGCACAGGCAACCGCCCAACAUCAACACCAACAACAACAACAGCGGCAACCACAACAAGGACAACCUUCACUCCUACCCGAUUAUGAGAGACUCUCCCCAUUGAAUAUGCCCGAUUAUGCGGAAGUUGCAUGUUCAACAUUCAAAAGUGGACUGGGCAUGAUUGUCGGAAAUGCGCAGCAAACUUCCGGUACUGCUGCUACUACGACUUCUACUACUGGCGGUGGAACAUCAUCCUCAUCAUCAUUAUAUGAUAGCUGUGGAGCCUAUGCCACCACCAAUGUGGUGGCCAAUGUGAAACUGUAUCAAAAUCGCUAUACCAAGCAACAACCGCAGCCCAACAAUAAUAAUGGAAUCAUCUCGAAUGAUUAUCAGGCCACGGGCAUGUAUUCAGCACCGCCAAGUGCUCAUUAUGGCUGCCUUGACCAACAGCAGCAGCAGCAACUGCAUAAUCAAUCGAAUCCCAUGACUACAUCAACUGCUUCGACGGCCAUAUUGACGGCAUCGCCAGCGAAACUGAAAAAGAUCAACAUUACGGAGAAUAAAAUGGAACAAGCCAUCGAUGGCAAACCGGAGCGGAUGAAUCCCUUCAAUCAGCAGCAACAAUUGCUUUUAGCCAGCAAUGCCCUAAAACAGGGUCUUGGCGCCUAUGCCAAUACAACAUUGGCCGCCCAGAUGGCCAACGGUGGUGGCGUUGGUACACUUCGUCGUCAGCGUCAACCGAAGGCUCUCUAUAAGAGUGAAAACAAUAUUCUUGGCAAAUCGGCAAUGUCCAUGUCGCCGGCUUCAAUGCGUCAUAAUCCCACCAACAAUUCAAUAACAACAACAACAGCAUCAACAACCAAUGGCAAUUUGGACUUCUUGACUGGUGGUCCACCGGCCUGUGACAAUCUUGAGAUUGGAGAUUUUCCAACUCUCUCGAAUUCUACCAAUCAAUUGCUCAAUGAUUGGGCCUCAUCGGCAUCGAUAGCUGGCACCGGAGAUUAUCAUUUUGGCAGCAAGCAGCCAAGCAAACAGCAUCUCUACGUUAAGGCCAAGGAUGGCACUUGGUCCGCUGUCAGUUCGGAGGCAUAUCAAUCAUUUAAGCAACAGCAGCAACAUCAAUUGCAGCAAUUCCAUGCUGGUUCAGGUGAUCCACACAAGUCCCUAGCCCUAGCCCCCAAUGCCAAUCCAUCCUCGCUUAGUGUGAAUAGUUUGGCUGGUGAUAGCAAGUUUCUAAGUAGUUUCAGUGCCACUGCAAACGUCUAAGUAGAAAAAAACGAGAAGAAGCUAUGCAAAAAAAGGGAUAAUUGCUCAAUAGACUAAGUGAAAAUAAUAAAAAAAAAAGAAAAUGUUGUGACAUCUUUUUGGGUAGGAAACGUAUUGGAUGGUGGAAGUUUAGCUAGUGCGAUUGGAAAGUCAACUUUUCGAGGUGAGACAUAGAUGGACGUAAAUAUAUAAAAAUAGGCUAAAAAAUUGAUCCACUAAAUGGGUAACUUACUAUAUCAAGGUUGUUCUUAAAGUUGAAAGGAGUAGGAACCAAAGAGUAGACUCUUUUACAUCUCGCUAAAAUGUUUAAUGAAGAACUAAAAAAAAAGAGUUGCUAAAGAAAAGUUAAGGAAUGGGGUGUAAGAAUGAAAUAUAUUUAGUUGAUUUGUUUGUUAACUUCAAGUGAAACAUCCUUUAGCUUCUUUUAUGUGACUUAGAUCACAUUUCUCUUAAUUUCUUCAGACUUAAAAAUUAAAGAUAAUUUUUGACUUCCAUAUAAAUUUCUAACUUUUCAUAGAAAUAAUUUGAACAAUGAAUAAAUCUUCAGUUUAGCUAUGAACAGAUAAAUUUAAUUAGUUGUUUUGGUAUUUCAAAAACUUUAAAAUUAUUGAAAUAAAAGCAGACAUAACUUUUUGAAAUAUCAAGUCCAAACUUUAUAUGGUUUGAGUGCUUUAAUUGGACUUAAAACUCAUUGAAUAUGACUAAUAGAGUUUUAUAUACCAAAGAAGAUUGUAAAUGGAGUGAUUAACUUGUUCAAAUUUUCAAUUGUAAGCUAACUAUAGCAGUUUCCUAUGACUAUUGAGAAAAAGAAAAAGUGAAACAGAAAAUUUUAGUUGAGGUCUGCAUUUCAGCAACUUUCUCCCUCUUUAACACUUUUCUUCUUAAAACUUAAAACUACGUGAUCUAAGCUAGAGAUAAAAUAUAGAACGGCCCAGCCUAAAUCAUAGUAGUUCAUUUAACUAGAGCAACCUAGUGAAUAACCUUUUAGCGAUUCCCACAACUAGUUUAGACUUCCACUUAAAUUUAGCAAUUUCUACCCCAAAGAUAUCCAAAAAGAAAAACACCCACACUUUUCCCCUCCGCCAGAAAUAUUUGUAACAACGAAAAACCCAAUCAAAAUUAUUGGCUUGUAAAUAAAUUAAAGUACAUCCUUGAUAUGAAAAUUAUUGCAUUACCGAGCAAGCAAAAAAGUUUAACUGAAACAAAAACCUACUUGAACAGAGCACACAAUACACACC